CGACGAAGCGCAGCUUGUAACUAGCUGGGGGCGUUUCCUAUCACAUUGGCUGUGGCGGUGGAGCGCAAAGGACACGGCACUUAUCGCUCUUUCUGUGUUUCUCAGGCUCUGACAAUUUCGAGAAGCAAGCGACCAAGCGACGACACGAAGGUUGUGGCGCUCCAAGCUGAUAGCUGGUCAUCGGACCACCUGCCGAGCUGCCUCGUGGCUACAGCCUGAUCGCCUUCCAUCGCGCAGGCGAUCUGCGCCCCAACCCACGCAGAAGCGGCUGACAUCGCAAGCAGCGCCCUCCACUCAGUCGCCUACAAAAGGGAUCGUCAACAAGCACCGAACGGGAUUUGCAGCCGACUGUUCGCAGCUCACGCAUGUUGUUUCAUGUAUCAUAGCCUCAAGUGAAGACGUGAGUAGAAGCCGAAUGUUGAAGUUCGAGUUCGACGCUACGUGGGCCCGUGACCUAGCCUACCACUGGUUGUUGGCGCUGUUUGUGGUCUUCGGCACUGGACUGGCGCCCCCACUUGCCCUGUGGUUGCAGUUGAACUAUUAUACCUACUGCGACGACCCCGAUUGCUCAGAUAUAGUCGAGGAACUGCGCCGCUCGCUGGAUCUGCAAGCGGAUCCAUGCAACAACUUCUACAGGUUCGUGUGUGGCCGCUGGGAACUGACCAACCGGCCGUUCGCCGACCAGACAUCGCAGCAACGGCAUCGCUUCAGGCAAGAGAUCGCCGCAGCCAUGCUUCACCGCGGGUCGCGGAGGCACGACCAGAGUGCUGUAGACAAGGCGGCAUGGCUGUACAAGGACUGCAGGUACCAACCGUUCGACGAUAGCUGCCAGCUAAAUGCAGUGGCUUCAGUGCUGACCGAUUUGAAUAUCACGUGGCCUUUCACAAAAGAACAUUCCGAUUCUAUUUCAAACCUGCCUCUCGCCACCGCGCUCACAAGUGCGCACCUUCGCCAUGGCCUGGACAUUCUUUAUACCAUGGGCGUGGUAUUUCGGGGAGUCAACAACAGACGCAGGAUCGUACUGCACAUCGGCCAUCUGCUGCCACUGCCUGAGCCGUUACUGAGUGCCGAGCAGCUGAAUCGUGCUGUCAUCAAUGUGGCUGCAAUGAUGGGCUCAAUAGGCGCUGACUACAAACAUCUAGCAAAGCUUGUCCAGGUGCAGGAGCAGAACCUGGCUGCUUUCUUGAAGGAGGAACAAGAAGAAGGUGAUGAAAACACUAUGGUGACAUUUGAAGAGGCACAAAUCCGAUUUCCCGAGCACAACUGGUCACUAAUUAUGGCGCUUAUUAACGACGAAGUGGGCUCCGCGCUAACUGCUCAGGACCACCUGUCCAUAAGUGGCCGCGCCUUGGAGGCGGCGAAGACCGUUUUGAAGGAAGGCGCCGCCAUGCACGCAUUUCUGGGUUGGCGGAUAGUGCGCACGCUCGCGCCAAUGUGCUGUGGACUUGCAGGGAUCAUGAUGGCUCAAGCCGCGGGCGGUGAUGUGGACAUAGUGUCUGAUUUACUGGCUGAGAGCACGUUGGACAGGUUGCAAGAGCACAUGCCCAUGGCACUCGCGGCUCCUUAUAUUGAACAAAAGCGACCCGGAGAAGCCAGGGAGGACAUCCAGUGGUACAUCGCAAGACUUAUGCAGAGCUUCGAAAGAAGUUUCUACCACAGCACCUACCUCAGCAAGAACUUCCAGAGGAGGGCCGCCAGGUUGGUCAGACGCUUCAAAUCACACCUGCUCUACCCCGACUACACGCACCUAGACGUUCAGGUAGACCGCGCAUACAGGUACCUGCCGGACUUCGAGGGGGACUGCCUAAACAUGACACUGACACUUUUGCGAGAAAGCACCCGCCACCGACUCCGGCAGCUGGGCAAGGUGGCCGCACCCUACGGCGAAGGCUGGGAGCUGCCGCAGACCGCAGUCCAGGCCCUAUACUCGCUCGAAGCUUACGCCCUCUUCGUGCCGCUAGGCGUCGCUGCGUCCCCUCUUUACGCAACUGGCGCACCGGCCACGUGGAAGUUGGGAGCGCUGGGCACGGUACUGGGUCAGGAGAUUGCCGACAAAAUAUUCGGGCUCGCCGAAUCUCGGCGCCAGUUGGCGAAGCCCGAGGAACACUGCUUCAUCAAUGCGAGCCUGACGCAUGCGCAUGCCGUGCAUGCCGCUUACAACGCACUCAGCCUGGCUGUGCACGAAGGCGGCACGGCCACCGAGAGGCAGCGACUGCGUGGUCUCGAGCGUUUCGGCGAAGCCCAGCUGCUGUUCCUGGCCAGCUGCUUCACGCUGUGCCACGUCGAUGGCGAUGAAGCUGGCAGCAAGGAGGCUCUCUGCAAUGAGGCAAUGCGUAACAGUCGCGAUUUCGCGCAAUCAUUCCAGUGCCCACCAAAUUCAGCCAUGAACCCUACGGAAAAAUGCACUCUCUAAAUACCGGUAGUGCAGCAUAGGUGCAAUAUUUUCUAUUGUGUUCACUGAA